GAGCCCGAGCGGACCAUGGCGGACCCGGCCGUGUGCGCCUUCCUCACCGGGCUGCUGUGCAGCCACGGGGGCCGCAUGGAGCUCCGCGAGCUGCUCGGCCUCGUCGAGCUGCCCGAGGCGCAGCUCCUCGAGGUGCUGGGAGAAGCGGGCCCCGAUCGCUUCGUGCUCCUGGACCCGGACGGCGACGCCGGCCCGACGGUGCUGGCGACCACCCGCGUGCGAGUGUGCAGGCGCGUGGUGUGCGGGGGCAGCUGCGACGCCCUGCACCUCUGCAAGCUCAACCUGUUGGACAGGUGUCGCCGCGAGAGAAAUUAUUGUAAAUACUCCCAUGAAAUUCAUUCAGAAAAGAACAUCAAAAUCCUGAAAAAGCAUGAUCUCUCUGGACUCACCAAAAAUGAGUUGGCCGUUCUCCUUCUCCAGAGUGACCCCUUUUUCCUUCCUGAUAUAUGUAAAUACUACAAGGGAGAAAACAGGCAAGACUCUUGCUCUAAGAAGACAGAAUGCAUGAAACUGCACAUCUGUGAACACUUUCUUGAAGGGAAAUGCGGCUUUGUCCACUGCAAUCGGUCGCACAACUUGAUGGAUACAAAGAACUUGGAAUUUCUCAAAGAAGAGGGCCUCACCGAGUCAGUAGUUAGAAAUAUCCAGGACAUCUGUAAUCAGAAGCAUUCCAGGAGUAAUAAGCAUAUUUCCAGAAGAGGCCAGUCAAACCACAAAAAUGUAGGAAGUAGGAGCCAAAGUAGGAAUCGUCUUUACUUUGGGAGGCAAGCAUUAUCUCCAUCUCCAACUCCUUCUGCUUCUGUUGGAACUGCCCACAUUCCAGAACCGGAUAAAACGGGCCCAGGACCAUUGCCAUCCUUCGAAGGCAAAAUGAAUGAGAGUAGAGUCACCAAGAAUAGCGUUGCUUUGAGUCAAGGUUGUGUCCAGUCAGUAUCAGCAUCGACUAAGACUGCCAGUACCCGAGACGUAAGUCAAGUUAGAACAAACUUGAGCUUUCCGGUAACUGACCACGUUGAAGGCCACUACGGGAGCCAAGAUGGUAUCCAGCGUGCUGCCUCCAUCUCUCCACCCGCUUCAGCUGACAAAAGAACCACACCUGCAGUGAGUAGCCAUGCUUCCAGAAGAGUGAAUGUGUUCUUUGGGAGUGAAACUGACUCCUACUCCAGUCCAAGUCCCAUAACCACGAGCAAAAGUGGAUUAGCGCCCUCCCACAACUAUACAGGUGCAGGAGAUGACUGUGGAAGUCAGAAGGCCUGUUCUUCACCUGCUCCCAAUAAAACUGUUGAUAGUUGGGGCGUAGGAAGCAGUGUUGUGGUGUUUUCAAAAUACAAACCAACAACUAAUGUAAAGAAAGAGGAAUCCUCAUCUAAGGGUGCAGACAGCAAGUUUAUGCCAGCGAAUUCCAAAAUGACUAAGACAGCAACGUUGAUAGGCAAACCAGAAACCCCAAUUGCAAAUAACAUAGUAGCUAAUGACAGUUGUAGUGUGAGAUCAGGAACAUCGUAUAAUAAGCAGUCGCAGCCGUGGGAAUCAACAGCAUCUAAAGUUGAUGCCAUGACUCUGAACUUGGAAAGAGUUAAUAGAGAUGAAAUAGAAGAGCCCUUUUAUGUGCCCAAGAGUAUCCAGGCGUCUCCCGUGUCUAACACAGCAACAGCCCACGUACGACCAAAAGCAUCAUCUGCAAGUCAUGUCCCCCAGAGUGGAAUUCAAAAGAGCAUUUUAGCCCAGUCUUCUUCACCAACAGUGAUGCAAGCUGCCUCCGUCUCUACGCCAGCCUCAGACCACAAGACAGCCACACAUUCUCUGAGGAAAAAGGUUGUUCAUGACCAGUGGUUAUCUGAUCGCCAAGCGGAUUCUGUUUUUACCUCUGGUUCUAGUCAAACUCCUGGCACCUUGACCACAAACAAAAGCAGAGCUGUGGCUCCUUGCAAAAGUACAAAUGCGGAGGAUUUCAAAGACAGAGUUUCUCAUGCAACUCCUUCAGGAAUGGCGAAUAAUGGCUCCGAUAAGAUUUGUCUUGACUACCUCAGUGCGGAUUGUAAACUGCAGAGCUGCUGCAAGUCUAUCCAUUUUCAUUUACCCUACCGAUGGCAGGUGUGCAUUUCUGACAGCUGGAAAGACUUUAAGGACAUGGAGGAAAUUGAGAGAGCUUAUUGUGACCCAAGCAUCUCCAAAAGUCAUAGUAUCGACUUUCAGAAGAUGCUACUUGAUUGUUAUCCUGUCCGACGUCUCUCUACUCCAUCAUCUGUCCAAAACCCCGUUCAUAUUCUGGCCACUCAGUGGCACUGGUAUUGGAAGAAUGAAUUGGGCCAAUGGAUUGAAUAUGGAAAAAAGGAGGGUUCAGAAUUUACUUCUGGAGACCUGGAGUUCUUCUUUCUGCUCUGGCAAGAGGAGUUUGUGGAAUUUUCAGAAGGUCCUCAUACAUACAAAGUGAACUUUAACGAAAUGAUCCAGACAAACGUAGUCUCUCAUACUAAAAGGGAGGUCCGAAGGCGGCCUAAAUAUGUGUCCUCUGUGACUGUGUAUUGGACUCAAAAACAAAAAACCCAACACCGAGAGCAGAGCAGGAGAGUUUCCUUCGAUUUUCCUUCACAUUGGGACGAGCUGAACCCGCCACAUGCAGAAUAUAAGUUGUUCGAGGUCAGAAGUACAUCCUUUGAAUAUAGUAAUAUCAUAUCCCACUUUAAAACUACCAUGAAAAAAUUUGACAUUCAAAGGAUAAUGAGGAAUCAGAACCCAUCGCUCUGGAACGAUUUUCAGCGGAAGAAGAGGAGAAUGUUGAACGGGGGAAAUGAAAAGAUGUUAUUUCAUGCAGCAGACCCAACCAACAUGCAUAUAAUAUGCAAUUUAAAUUUUGACUGGAGCUUUCAGUCACUUCAUGAAGCAAAAUAUGGAAAAGGUAUUUACUUUGCAAAAGACGCCAGCUCUUCCCACAACAAUCAUAACAGCAGUGCCAAAAACAGGAUUAUGUUUGUUGCCCAAGUUUUGGUCGGAGCAUUUGUUCAAGGAAAAAUGGAGUAUACUCAUCUUCCUCAAAAUGUCACCGGAUGUGACAGCUGUGUGGACAAUAUGACCAGUCCUUCCACUUAUGUCAUCUUUGAUAAGCGUCAGAUUUACCCUGAGUAUGUCAUCGAAUAUACAAGUGUUGAUAAAGGCUGUAGCAUUAGUUAGGAAGGAAAGAAGAGAAACAUGAUCACACUCAAAAUAAUGAAAUUAUUCUGUACUGUAGAACCAGGUUGCCUAGGAUAAUGGUGAAACUUUAUACCCAAGCCUAAUAAUAAGGUAUAAAGUAUUUGAUCCCAAGUCUUUAGUUAUCAUGAUUUUCAGUAUUUUCUAGAGCAGUGCCCUGCCUGUUGUUAUUGGUUUGGUUCUUUGACAACCACUGCAGUCUCAUGUCCCUAAUAAACCGUAUGGGGCCAA